GAGGAAGUUGAAGGAUCGAAGCUUUCUCUGAAAGGGAAAGGAGGGUCGAGAGGCAGUCAAAGCUGCGAUCUUUUUCCCCUCUCCCUCACCCUUCAUCGGGUUUAAAUGGGCGGUCGUUGCAUCUGAUCUCGUCCUUAAGAAGCCUCCCCGGCUCAGACCAGGGAAAGCUGAGAUCUUUGAGGUGGGAGAGGAGGGAGGAAGGUGAUGCUGCAAUGGCCGCGGGCUCACCUACUCUGACUGCGGAGAAGAAGCGCUGGUGGCUGAGCAACAAGAAGGUGGUCGAUAAGUACCUUCGAGAAGCCCGUGUGCUCAUAUCGACGCAAGAGCAGUCCAAUGUGUCCGCGGCAGUGGGCCUCCUCGACGCCGCCCUCGCCAUCUCCCCGCGCCACGAGGCCGCGCUCGAGCUCAGGGCCCGUUCCCUCCUCUUCCUCCGCCGCUUCCGCGAGGUGGCCGACAUGCUCCAGGAUUACAUCCCGAGCUUCAAGGUAGGCAGCGGCGGCGGUGGGGAUGACGACUCGUCCUCCUCGCUCGGUGGCGCCGGCGACCACUCCUCCGUCGCUUCCUCCGCGCCGAUCAGCCGCGAGCGCGUUAAACUGCUCUCCCCCGCCCGCGAGAGGUCCGACGGCGACCGCUCCUUCCGGUGCUUCUCGGUCUCCGAACUCAAGCGCCGGCUCGUGGCCGGCCUCUCCAAGAGCUCCGACAGGGAAGGCCAGUGGAGGUAUUUGGUGCUCGGUCAAGCUUGUUGCCACCUCGGGAUGAUGGAGGACGCCAUGGUACUCCUCCAAAUCGGCCGGCGCCUCGCCUCAGCCGCCUUCCGCCGCGAGUCCGUUUGCUGGUCGGACGAUAGCUUCAUCUCCAUCGCCGGUGAGGAGGACGGCACGGCUGCCCCGCUGCCGUCGGUGUCGGAGACCGCCUCCCAGCUCCUCUCUCACAUCAAGCUCGUCCUGCGCCGCCGAGCCGCCGCGAUGGCCGCACUUGACGCCGGGCUCCCGGCUGAGGCCGUUCGCCAUUUCUCCAAGGUCCUCGACAGCCGCCGCGGCCUUCCCGGCAGCUUCGCCGCCGGCUGCCUCAUCGGCCGCGCCGCCGCUUACCGCGCCACCGGCCGCCUCGCGGAUGCCAUCGCCGACUGCAACCGCGCCCUCGCCCUCUACCCGUCCUUUAUCGCCGCCCUCCGUUCCCGCGCCGACCUCUUCGAGGCGGUUCGCGCCCUCGCGGACUGCCUCCAUGACCUUGAGCACUUGAAGCUCCUCUACGAUGCCAUCCUCCGUGAUCGCAAGCUCCCCGGCCCGCCAUGGCGGCCCCAUCGUGACGUCCGGUACCGCGACAUUCCCGCCAACCUCCGGGCGCUAACUGCGCGGAUCCAGCAGCUACGUGGCCGCAUCGCGGGCGGCGAGGGGAACGACGUGGACUACUACGCGCUGAUCGGUGUUCGACGCGGGUGCUCGCGGAAGGAGUUGGAGCGCGCGCACCUGUUGUUGACGCUGAAGCAUAAGCCGGAGAAGGCGGUGGGUUUCGUGGACCGAUUGGAGUUCUUAGACGACCACCGGGAUCUCGACGCAAUCCGGGAUCAGGCGAGGAUGUCCGCGUCGAUCCUGCACAGGAUGUUGCAGAAGGGGUACGCUAACAUCAUGGUGGCGGUGAUGGACGAGGAAGCGGCAGUGAAGCAGAGAGCGAAGGAGGCGGCGGCCGCCACAGCCGCCGCCGCAGCAAUUCAAGUCGCAGCAGCGAAGACGGCAGACAAGCCCAGAGCUGAUAGGAAUGCUGGGGGGAAGGAAUGCUGCAAGGGGUCAGAGAAGGCGGCAGCCGCAGUGUUCCAAGGGGUGUUCUGCCGUGACAUGGCAGUGGUUGGCAGCAUGCUGUCGCACAGGGCAAUCCCGGUGAAGUAUGAGGCGUUGAGUUGCUGAUGAAUGGGGAAUGGGGAUUCGAACUCGCUGUCUAUUAGUAUCACUGUACAGUUUGCACAAACUUAAUCUUGAACGCUAUAUCACUGCCUCCUUCCAUUAAUUUGGUUGCCAGCAAUCCAUAUUG